AUGGGUUGUAUUUUGGUGCGCGCCUGUGAUCCGUCGUCGCCGGACAGCGCCAUCCGCGACUUCUGGCACAUCAACGGCGUCCUGGUGGACGUGCCGGCCGAGAAGGGCGAUGAGGAGCCAGACAAGAUUGAGGUACGGGGAAGAAUUGUGGUUUUUUAAGAAGCUGGGGUGGAUAAAAUUUUAAAAAAAGCGGUUUAAAACCCGUUUUUGACUCUUUUUAAAAGUGGAAGUUGAGUGGAAGAUUUGUAAUGUAUUUUGCACUGAAAAUCUUCCACCAAACUUCCAUUUUGGUAAAGUCUUGAAAUGGCCUAAAAACAUGUUUUUGAAACUUUUUAAGAGUGGAAGUUCAGUGGAAGAUUUUUAGUGCAAAAUACAUUACAAAUCUUCCACUCAACUUCAAUAAUCUAAAAAGCCAAAAAAUGAAUCAAAACAGUAAGAACUUUCUUUACAACACUGUUUUUACAACAUUGUGUUAAUAAAAAUUAUUUCAGGAUUGUCCACCGGGUGUACUGUACGUCUACAACAGUAAGCUAAUAUAUCGUGCCAGGCAUUGCUUACUGUUUCCCAAGUCGGAAACACGCCAACUUCAAUUCAACAUUUGUGAUAUCAAGGGUGUAAAUAGCUGCAAUAAGUUCACUUCAUUAAAGGUAAGCGACUGGAAAGAAAGUUUUUGCCAUUUUUUGCUUUGAAAAGAAAGUUCUUACCAUUUUCUGUUUUGUAAAAAAGUUCUUUUUGCAUGAUUGUAAUUCCAGGAUGGACGUACAUUUGCCCGUUCCGUAGUGGACAUUUCCGUCACGACGAAAGGGACCUCAUUUCACGUGGGAUUCGUGACGAAAAACGCUGAUCAAGUAAGGGUUUACUGUCAUUUUACCUGUUGUAAAGAAAGUUUUUGCCAUUUUUUCGAACUGUAAAGAAAGUUUGCGUUUUCUUUUGGUUUAAAUUGUUAUUUUUGACCAAUAAAAACGAUUUCUAGUGUUUGACGAAAUGCCACAAAAAUUAUUGGUUUUUCGGCGUAGUGUCACAAAUUGUAUCGGAUUGUUAGAAUUAGCCAAAAUUAAGGUUUUUAUGUUAAGAAAAGAAAGUUCUUGCCAUUUUUUGUUUUGUAAAGAAAGUUCUUGUCAUUUUUUGCUUUGGAAGGAAAGUUUUUGCCAUUUCAGGUAUCUCAAAGGCUUCAAGAAGUGAUAGACAAACAUCGACAAAAGCCUAAAAUAUUCCAGUUCAACUCGGUCGAUGUGGACGGCGUGGAAAUCGAUUUGCCUUGA